CCAGAGAAGGUAAGGAAGUGGGGGCCCCCGCUCUCUCUCUCUCUGUAUCUGUCUGUCUGUGGACAGUCUGAGAGGUAUUCAUACCGAAAAGUCCAAGCUCUGCCUUUUAAUAGUAGAAUCCACAGAACCCGAGAUACCUCCCAGUCCCGUUACCUCUCCCCGCCACCCGUUGCAGUGCAUUCACCAUUUUAAAGCUCGCCACAGCGCGGACAGAGCACACAGCAAUAACCCGCACAUCCAUAGCACCAGUGCCUCUCUGCCCUCUGCGCAUAGGAAUUCGCGUCCUCUUGCGCACCCACUUCUCGCUUUUUUUCGCAUCGUAUCUGUGUGUGUGUGUGUGUGUGUGUGUUUGUGUUUAGUUCGUGAGCGCCGUGUGGUCGUGUGUUUUUGUUUUUGUCUCAGGGUUGAUUGGUCGUAUUACCGAGGAUUGGACACCAUGACUUCUCUUGACGAAUUGCUAAACCUGUCUCUGGAGGAGACCACCACGGAGAUCAUCGCUGAGUACAUUUGGAUUGGUGGAUCCGGGACGGACUUGCGGUCGAAGGCCAGGACGUUGCCGAAGCCUGUCACCGACCCGAAGCUACUGCCGAAGUGGAACUAUGACGGAUCGAGUACCGGUCAAGCUCCCGGCGAGGACAGCGAGGUGAUUCUUUACCCACAAGCGAUCUUCCGAGACCCAUUCCGGCGUGGGAACAACAUUCUGGUGAUCUGCGACGCGUACACGCCUCAGGGCGUGCCCAUCCCCACCAACAAGAGGGCUGCCGCUGCAGAAAUCUUCUCCAAGAAAGAGGUCGUGGAUGAGGAGCCCUGGUAUGGUUUGGAGCAGGAGUACACGCUGCUGCAGAAGGACGUGAAGUGGCCCCUUGGAUGGCCCGUGGGAGGCUACCCCGGCCCACAGGGGCCUUACUACUGCGGCACCGGAGCUGACAAGGCCUGGGGCCGUGACAUCGUGAACGCCCACUACAAGGCCUGUCUGUACGCCGGGAUCCAGAUCAGCGGCAUCAAUGGCGAGGUGAUGCCUGGGCAGUGGGAGUUUCAGGUGGGCCCCGCGAAGGGCAUUGCGGCGGCUGACCAGUUGUGGGCAGCGCGGUACAUUCUGGAGAGGAUCACGGAGAUCGCAGGAGUGGUGCUGUCGCUGGACCCCAAGCCCAUCGACGGAGACUGGAACGGUGCUGGGUGCCACACCAACUACAGCACGAAGUCGAUGCGCGCGGAUGGAGGAUACGAGGUAAUCAAGAAGGCCAUCGAGAAGCUGGGGUUGAGGCACAAGGAGCAUAUCGCAUCAUACGGCGAGGGCAACGAGAGGAGGUUGACGGGCAAGCACGAGACUGCGGACAUGAACUCUUUCUCGUGGGGAGUGGCGAACAGGGGGGCAUCGGUGCGAGUCGGACGCGACACGGAGAAGGAAGGGAAGGGAUACUUCGAGGACAGGCGGCCGGCGUCGAACAUGGAUCCAUACGUGGUGACGGGAAUGGUGGCGUACACGACCAUCUUGUGGAGCCCCUCGGAAAGCAAGUGAAGCGAAGUCAUUAUUGAAAAAGGUAUUGGAAGGAAACAGAAUUUGCUGUCAGAUUGCAGCAAUGCUGAACACUGACUUGAGUGCUGGCUGGGUGGGGAUAUGUUUGAUUAUGUGGGUGAUGGUUGGUGGGUUGCGUGGGAGUGCUAAUGGAGGAUCUUCAGUGGCUGUAUUCAGCACGACUAUGCACGCAGAAGAGCUUCUAUGUGGAUGAUACAGAGACACUGUAGAACAAAGGAGCCUAAUAGGCAGGAAAUAAGUCUGUCCUAUUGUGUCGGUGCUAAUGUGCUAUUAUGCGCAGCAAUUGCAAUAAACACAUCACGAUGUGCUAAUUUGCAUGCAUUUCCUCGUU